AGACAAUAUAAUCAUCUUGCUCGCCCUUCCUCUCCAUCGGAUCGGAGCAAUCAAAAGUUUCGGCGAAAGUCUCCAUGGCCGAUUCAAUCUCCUUUACAGACUCUAUGGCUCGACCCUCAGUAUUUCGUCAAAGUGCUCCGUCCUCAUCCAAUCCACACGAUACUCUGCAUCGCCCCCUACUUUGUGUCGUACCUCUUGAAGCGUCAAAAUCCGAAUCUGAAGUUAGUUGAUUGGAGGAGAAUAAAGACGCUGGAUGUUUCUUGGGUGGCCGAACGCUCCCUUUUCUUGUGGAACAACGACCAAUCGUGAACUUGAUAGUUCACAACCGCCACAUGAUCCUGGCUAACAAGUUCCCAUAAUUGGAAAAGCCAUUGGAAUCAAGGAGUGCUUAACUCUCAACAUCAGGGUAAUGUUCUCGGAGAUGGAAGUACAACUCUUCCAGACGUGCCUUGCCCAGUUCAAGGACAAAGAAGAACAUCUUAGUGUUGCAGCCGAGAAGAGGAAAGAAGCGUGUCAACCAAGAUCACCUGUUAGGUUGUUACCAGUAGUAGGCAUUUGUGGGUGGCACUCUAAGUUUUGUUGUAGGAUAUAAUUAUUGUGGUGCCAUAGAAGCUAGUUGUUCUAUAAUUAACUAAUUAAGUAGAGUAGUUCCUGAUUUCCUCUAGCUGUUAGCCUCUUCUCCAUCUGUGGUUAUGCCUUGCUGCAUUGGAUUCUGUUUGGUGUUUCCUUUUGUAAGCUUAUGAAAAGGGCA